AUGAACUCUCCAUUGCAAACCGUAGAAGUCCCUCACGUACUUUCCACGUUAAUAAAAGAAAAGAAAAAAAAGAACAGAACUCAUCAUCGACAUCAUCAUCAUCAUCAUCGUGGAGCUCCAAAUGUUAUUAUUCAUCAUGGAAAGCCCACCGCAGCCUCUAAGUAUAUCUACAGCCGAGAAGGAAUCACAGCAAGUGGCCCCAUCAUUAUUCAAUCCUCUCAAACUCCAAUAAAAGAAUCAUCACAACUCCAACAACAACAAGAAGAAAUAGAAAUAGAAAUAGAGGAAGAAGAAGAAGAAGAA